CGGAAGUAGCCGAAGUGGCCGGAAGUAAUAUGACAUGAAUAGAUGUUUGAAAACAUUCCGGAACGGUACAGUCGGUACCAUAUAUUACGCUAUAGAGGGCUCUGGAUACCAUAGAUGGUAGAUUCCUAAUUACAAUAAAGCAGUUAAAUGGUUUGCGUCCAUGAUAAUGGGUGAACUAGUACAACAUACAGAAAUUCUUUCUCCACGAUGUUCACGACAACCAAUCAAAAUCAUUGAUUGUUUCAGAGUGGUUAUAAACCCAUUUCAAAAUAUAAUCUCAAUUUUCGAAAAUCGAAAGCUCUUUAGUUUGCACCUUCCUCGCGCUAAUUUUCCCUACCCCUACCCCGUAAAGACUGAACGCAGGCUAGGAUUUAUAUUGGUGUUACAUCAACGAUUAAUGAUACCAUUUUUGAAACCGCCGAACAUUGCAACCAAAGGCUCAUAUUUUGGGUAGUAAAUUAAAUUUUUCCAAAGAAUUAUGUACAUUACGAUAAUUUAUUUUUUAAUUGCUAAUUUAAAGCACGUCGCAUGAGUUCCUUAUUAUUAAACCUAUCAUUUUUUCCCGUGAAAAUCUUGCUGAUAGCUGACUUAUGGCGAUAUAGAUCAUUGCAAAGAUGAAACUCACGCCAAAGCUCAUCCCUGGCUCGUUGCAUGUUCAAAAUAAGGGUUCUUUAGAUUGGGGAUGGCAGUCAAUGCUUGCUUAUGGUUGUCAGAAUUUCAUCAUUGUUGUAGAUCCUGAGACAGUUCAGAUCAUUCAAACAUUGGAUCUUCAUCAGUCAAAUGUCGUAAAGAUAAAAUGGUCUCGACAAAACUAUCAUCACGAUCUUGCAUGUCCGUAUAGUCUCCGUCUUGCUUCGGCUGACACUACAGGUCAUAUUAUUAUAUGGGAUGUGGCCCAAGGCAUCUCACUCACUGAGUUUUUCGACAGCUCCAAACCAAUAUUGGACAUUGAUUGGUUGUGGACCCAGGAUGCAUCACAUGAUCUCCUGGCUGUGCUUCACUCACCGUCUAGUUUUGUUUUGUGGAAUGCCGAUACCGGUAUCAAGUUGUGGAAGAAAACCUUCCAGGAAAAUCUUCUCUGCUUUGCAUUUGACCCAUUCAGUCCUGCAAAAGUAACAUUAAUGUCUCAAGAAUAUCUCGUUUUCUUGACCGAUUUUUCCGUCAAUAAGGCACCGGAAGGAGUUGGACGACGAUUCUACAUGACAAGUUCUAAUGCCUCAAAUUCGUCCAACAACAACCUCCCUAGUCCCGCAAGCGGUAUCCAUAAUAGUCCCCUAAGAGCACCAACAAAAUCUGCAUUUCAAAGAGUCAAAUUGUGGGCAGGAAAUGAAAACAAGACAAGAACGGAAGAAUUGAAUGUCGCUCUGAGCGAUUGUCUUCAACUUGUCUACCAUCCAUCGAAUCGUGACAUGAUACUUCUUGUAUUCCAAAGAGAGAUUCUUUUCAUCGAUACCGCCAUUAACCAAGCCAUCGGCUCUAUUUACCUCGAUAGAGGCAGUCCCUCGUUCACCCAUGCAAUCCUCCCUUGCCUACAACGUGACGUCAUAUAUACUCUUCAUGACAACUGUAGCAUUACGAUGCGAUGUCGCCGUCACGUGACCACCGUGCCGUAUGCUGUUGGCUCAGCGGAAAUUGAGCAACUGUGCCCGGAUAUUGUAUACGAAAAUCGCUGUCAAUCGGAUGCGUUUAGAUUAAGCAAAUCCAGUUACGUAAGUGGAUUUGCGAUGUGUCCCAUUACGGAGACUAAAGUUGUCUUGCUUGUAAGCGAUGGACGUUUACUUAUUUGGAGUGUAAAGUCAUCAUCGGAGUCCUUAUCAGAGUCCAUGCAAAUGUCGGAUGAAUGUCUAAAGGCUUCACUCCCAUUAGCCGCUGCAGAAAAUGCACUUUUAUCUGCUGUUUUAUCCCCCGGAACGAACUCCUUUCGAUUUCUUCUCGUUGGAUUGCUAACAAAUGUUCAAAUGUCACCGACUUGUGCAUCGAUGUGUCCACCAAUGACGACAAAGAAUUGGCCAGAAUAUCGACCACUCGUUGCCAUUGGAAGCUCUUCUGGAACGAUUCAAGUAUUUGAUAUCUCAAUUGGGCUCAUUAUAAGAGAAUUCAAUCUUCAUAGCUCUCCAGUCAGAGGUGUUGCCUGGACAAGUUUAAAUAGCUUUUUAAGUUGGUCGUACUGGUCACAUGCCAAUAGCGUGCACAGCGAAGUAUAUAUGGUAGAUCUUCGAACAGGACAGAACACAGUGUUACAUUUGUCGAAGAAUUCGGAAGAAAAAACAAUUGUAUCCAUCAAAAUAUCGCAGCUCAAGCAGUAUUUCGCAAUAAUUUACAAAGAAAAGCCAUUGGAAUUAUGGGAUUUAAAAAAAUUAUGUCUUUUGCGAGAAAUGCCGGCGAAUUUUCCACUCAUCUCUGUUCUGGAAUGGUCACCUAGUCAUUACUCUAAAAACAGGAAAAAACAAACGCAUCCGAACGAAGAUAAAAACACAAGUUUGUCAGAAGGCUCUGAAGAGAAGGCCGCCAAUGUACUGGACAGUGACAAAACCGAAACUUCCACCGCACCUGUUUGGUUUAAGGAACAUUUUAUCUUCACGAAUACGGAUGGAAUGUUAUUUCACUACAUUGUUGAGGGUACCACAUUUAAACAUAGUACCAAGGUGCCACCUGAUGGAAGUAUGGGAAACAUCACGAGCAUCACGUGGAAAGGCGAUACCGUGGUUCUUGGCGAUGCCGAUGGCAAUUUUAGCAUUUGGGAACUUCGAAAUAAAAUUUCCAGGAAUCUCGCCACUCAUCGUGGUACAAUAAAGAAAAUGAAAUUUGCCCCAGGACGUGGUAAUGUGAAGUUGAUGCUGCAGUUUACUGAUGGGGUAGAUGUUUGGGAUAUAGCGAAGUCAGAGCGAACGAGUUCUUUAAGGACAUCACGUGAUGCAAUGUCAAUUGUGGACAUCGAUUGGUAUUCUUCCGACGUUCCUUUGCUCGUGUUUGCCAACGGGACGAUCAGAAUGAUGGACCUCAACUUGAAACGCUCAUGUUCUCCUAUGUCCGAACAAGAAUUGGCAGAUCCUUUGUGGUGUCCACAUCUUCUACCACCUAAGAAAGCGCUCAUGUUCAAGUCGAUUCUUCAAAGUCAAUUAUGGAAUGAAAAAUACACACUCGACGUGGAUGAAAUAAACUUAUCAUCUCAAGAGAAGAAAGACCAAGUCAACGAGGCUCUGGGAAAUUUGUCCGAAGAAAUUAAAGAUUUUUUGCCGUUUGCUCCACUUGGCGUUGCUCAACGAUGUCUGAUUGCUGCUCAGCUUUAUGGCGAUGAAGGAGAAAUAAAGUUUUGGUCUGUAACGCUGCAUUAUCUUCGACGUGAGAAGUAUCGAAAACACAAGGAUGGGCAAUAUAGAGCUUCGCGGUCUUCGUCAAGAGUCGAGGACGCUACCGAGAUGAGGCGUAAUCUAGGAAAGGGUCUCGAUUUAUUAUCGAUUGACGACGACUUAGAUCUCAAUAUGGAUCUGGAUAGCGAUGUCGGGAAAAAUGAUACGUAUUAUCGUUAUCCUUUUGUGUUACACACAUCCUACGAUAUCCUGUGUGAUCCCGAGACUUUUCAGGCGCAUCAGUUAUAUCGCGCUGCGCUUCACGACAGCAAAAGAUCAAGCUAUGAACACACGAAGAAAUGCGCCGAGACGCUUGUACUUUUAAAACAGUCCGACCGCGCCGUUCAAUUAUUUUUGGAGACUGAGGCGAGUAAUCCAGGCUACUAUACAGAUUCUUUAAGGGCGUGUUUAGUGGCCGCCAUACGUUCAUCAGGUGCAUCACAAAGUACGAUAAAAUUGGUGGCAACGAAUCUUAUAGCUAACGGCAAACUUAGCGAAGGCGUCCAACUGCUAUGUAUGAUCGAUAAAGGCCUGGACGCUUGUCGAUAUUUACAAACCUAUGGUAAAUGGGACAAGGCUGCUUGGCUUGCCAAGGCGACGCUUGAUUAUGAUGAUUGCGUCGAAGUCAUGCGCAGAUGGGUCGAGCAUCUUUCGGGAACUCAAAUCAGCCAACAGAGUCGUGGAUUGCUAGUUUACAUCUCACUUGGUCAAUUCAAGAAAGCCUUACUUAUGGUAUUUGGGAUGCGUUUUUUCGAUCGUGCUGCGCUGUUUGCAGAAGCGUGUUUGGAAUUUGGUUUGUUAUCAACAGAGGACAGUUCUGUGUCGCUGUUGCUGGAAUCAGUCUUCACUGAGUACGCUCGUUAUUUAUACACAAUCGGAUUGAUAAAUGCUGCGAAGUAUUAUUGUUCCAAAGGUGGUGAAGAAGGGAGUCGUCUUCUCGACGACAUAUCCUGAGCAUCACCUGGUGGAUACAACAUCAACUUGUUGUAGCCGAGUAAUUCAAUACUCGUUUUGAUUCGCCCCCAUGCAACCUUAUACGAAGGAAUGUAUGAUGGGCAUUCUUAUUGGCAUUGAUUGGCGUCGAUGUGGUGUAUACAAAUUGAGUAGUGUCGGCCAUUGUUGCCAAGGUAAAUGCGUCUUUAAGAACAUUUGUCAAAAACAUGUUUAGGGAUGUAGUUAUUAGGACUAAUAGAUUUCAGAACCAAUUCGAUUAUCCUUAUUAUUGAAAAUAUUCUAUUGGAAAUGUCGUUAGAAUGAUCUCGUGUAAUUAGAAUGUUAUUAGAAACAUUCUUAUAGCUAUUAGAAGCAGUCCUAAAUUUGUUUUGAAGUUUGAACAAUUUUUAAUGGAUCUUGAGGAGUUAUUCAUUGGUGUAAUACGCGCAGCUCACGUGACUUUUUGAUCUGGCAUUCAUUUGUGUCGAACGAGCCAUUUCAUAGUUGAUGCUAUUAAUGAUUUUAUUUGAAAUGGUAAAUUGGAUCGACACUUCGUCAUUUAAUUAAAGACAGGUGAAGAAAUCUAAAA